CGUCAUUCAGCCCAUGCACUUCCUCAAAGUAAGCCCUUCGCAUGCAAAAAAAAAUGCUUCAGAAUUCCUUUAUAUCGCUGUUUACACAGUUUCACACUCAGAAGAGAUGGACAAGGGUAGGGAGGCUUUGGUGGUUUGCAGUGAUAAGAGCAUGGGAAUUGGCAUAACGAUAUGGGACAUGGAGACGGGCGAUCAUCUCCUACACAUACCCACCAGUGCCUCCCCUGCUCAGGGGUUACUAUGCUUGAGAAAGCAGUUCCUUGUAGCUUCUCAGAUUCACAGACAUGGAUCUAUUGGUGGUGGAGCCAUCUUUAUCUGGGCAUUGAAUAAGCCUCGACCACCCCUUCGGAGUUACCCAGUGGAGGCCAUUGGGCCACUUUCUUGCACAAAUGAUGGCAUAUAUCUAGCGGGUGGGGCACUUUCUGGAAAUGCUUAUCUUUGGGAGAUUGCUAGUGGAAUAUUGCUCAAGACUUGGCAUGCUCAUCACAAAUCUGUAAAUUGCUUGCUAUUUUCCAAUGAUGAUUCUCUUCUUAUUUCUGGGUCAGAGGAUGGUAUGAUCUGUGUUUGGUCAGUAAUUAGUUUGAUAGACAUGGAAGAUUCCAGAAGCUUGCCUCCUUUGUUACAUUAUUCAUCAGAGCAUGUAUCCUCUAUCACCAGUCUGCUGACAGCAUCAGGCAGCUCAAGUUCACUUUUAGUAUCAAGCUCUCUUGAUGGUACAUGCAAGGUUUGGGACUUUGUCACCGGAAGGCUUAUUCAAACUCAAGUUUAUCCUCUAGGAGUAACUGCAAGUGUACUUCACCCAGAAGAGGAGAUUUUGUUCUGUGGGUGUGUAGACGGAAGAAUUUUUGUCAACAAGCUUGAUAUUGGACUAUUGGAGGACUCUUUCUAUGUUGCAGAAGACCAAGCAGUUGUGUUAAAAGGACACAAUGGAGCCAUAACUGCAUUGACCAUCAGUGGAUUGGGUCUGAUAUCCGCAUCUGCAGACUGCACCAUCUGCAUAUGGGAUGUAGUCAACAGGAUGAUCAUCCGGAGAUUCAACCAUCAAAAAGGGGCAGUAACUAAUAUGAUGGUGAUUCCGCAAUCCUCACUGCUUUCUGCAUCAAACCAUUUGGGAGUUUUGAACCAGUUUCAUGUUUCUUUGCUUGACAAGUAUCCUCAGCCAGCCAACUCAUCCAAGGGAACAGCCACUCUCCUUUCCCUGCCUCGUUCCUUUAAAGGAACGCAAACUUGCUUCGAUUCGGGAAGCACUCAUUCAUCAAACCAGCAUAUGUCUGAUUUGGAGAAAGAACAAACACCGGCAGCCAUGCAAAUGAAGGUGGAAACAUGCAUAGAGAAUCGGAUGUGGGCCACAAGAAUGACAAAGCACGUCAUGGAGAUGAAUAAGCAUUUGCAGUCACGUUUGCUUGACUUGAUGCAGUGCAGAUUAUUAUGGCCAACUGAAAUUGACUCUUCCACAUCCAAAAAAAGAAAGAAGCUGAAGGUCGAGACUAUACUACAAGGGGCAGAGGAAUCACAAUCUUCAGCUUAAUUUAUCAAUGGUUUUGCAAUAGGUGACUUGAGUUUCGCUAUCUUCUUUGAUUGUAUUUUUCUCCCUUGGCCUACAAAGAAUAAUAGGACUACACAUACAAAUGAUGGCUCCGUUUGCCACCUCUCUUAGCUUUGUAACCAUUGUAUUUAAUAAAUUCACAUCGUUUCUAUU